AUGGCAAAUUCUACUUUUCUCUCCACCAACCUUACAAAUACGUCCUUGGACACAACUGCUGCCAUUGUACACAUGACUUGCUUCAUCAUCAUAGUACUGAGUCAUUGCACCUUCCUCUAUUUCGUUAUCAUCAUACUUCGCGUCUUCUUCACCUCCGCUAACAUCAGGGAGACGGCUCGUUAUGUCCUCUUCAUCCACAUGAUUCUUAAUGAUACCCUGUAUCUCAUAAUGGCCUUUGUCCUUUACGUAGCUUCCGUCUAUUAUGUUUACAUCCCAGUCCCGUUCUGCUACAUCAUGUUGACAAUAAGCACAUCGACUUUCCGUGUUACUCCCUACAAUCUCGCGGUCAUGUCUCUGGAACGCUACGUGGCAGUGUGCUAUCCGCUGAGUCACUCUCAGCUGUGCUCUCCAAGGAGGUCCACCAUCACCCUUGCUUUAAUUUGGACAGUGGCGUUAUUAUUUAACCUGGCGGACAUUGUUGUCCUGGGCUCAAAGGUUGGGAAGAACUUCUUCUCUCUGUCUGUGAUUUGCAGCCGGGCGUCAAUGACGAGGACCACGGAACAAGGAACCAUUACACUCUGUAGCCUCAGUAUGAGCUUCUCCGCUGUGGGUCUCAUUAUCCUCUACACUUAUAUCCAGGUGGUGCUGGUUGCUCGAAAGAUCGGUUCUGGCAAGUCAUCGGCUUUUAAGGCUGGAAAGACGAUCAUGCUUCAUGCAUUCCAGUUGAUGUUAUGUAUGAUGUCCUUCACCUCUUCUGUCACUGAAACCUACUUGAGACGCUAUCAAGCCUUUAUCGGUAUUAUUAAUUAUCUGCUCUUCAUGUGUCUGCCACGACUUCUAAGCCCAUUAAUCUAUGGACUGAGGGAUGAUACUUUCCGCAAAUAUAUGAUAACGUUCCGAUCUGCAGCACUCUGA